CGCUUUCCCCCCCUCAUGGCGGAGUCCGGGGCCGAGCCGGUUCUCGGCCCAGAGGACGGCGGGGAGGAGGAGGCGGAGGAGGAGGAGGAGGAAGAGGCUGACGACGAGGAGCUGCUCCAGCUGGGGACGGAGACGGGGCCCGGCAGCAGCAGCAGCAGCAGGGCCGCGAGGGGGACUCCGGGCGGCGCCGUCAGGGUCAGCCUCGGGGGAGGCGCGGCGGCUGGGCCGCAGCUGGACUACGAUGGGAGAGCCGGCGACGCGGAGGGCGACGAGUACGGGAGCGACGACGACGAAGAAGAGGAGCCUCUGCUGGGCUUGGCGGCCUCGGGACGGCGUGGCGGCCGACAACGCCGACGCAGCGCCACAGCACAUACAGGAAAUGUUGGAAGUAUUGCAGAAAUGAACUUCUUCUUGGAUGACCCAGAAUUUGCUGAAAUUAUGCAGCAAGCAGAACAAGCCAUAGAAAGUGGAGUCUUUCCAGAAAGAAUAUCACAGGGAUCCAGUGGGAGCUACUUUGUCAAAGAUCCUAAGAGAAAAUCUAUUGGAGUGUUUAAACCAAAAUCUGAAGAGCCUUAUGGUCACCUAAAUCCAAAAUGGACCAAGUAUUUUCACAAAAUGUGUUGCCCUUGCUGUUUUGGCAGAGGCUGUCUUGUUCCUAAUCAGGGAUACCUCUCUGAAACUGGUGCCUAUCUUGUGGACAGUAAAUUGGGAUUGGGAGUGGUGCCUAAAACAAAGGUUAUCUGGAUCGUUAGUGAAACCUUCAACUACAGUGCAAUAGAUCGUGCAAAAUCAAGAGGCAAAAAAUAUGCUUUAGAAAAAGUGCCAAAAGUUGGCAAAAAAUUUCAUCGAAUAGGACUACCUCCUAAGGUUGGCUCCUUUCAGCUAUUUGUGGAAGGCUACAAAGAAGCUGACUUUUGGCUCAGGAAAUUUGAAACAGACCCUUUGCCCGAGAAUACAAGGAAACAAUUUCAGUCUCAGUUUGAAAGAUUGGUAGUACUUGAUUACAUAAUCAGAAACACUGAUAGAGGCAAUGACAAUUGGCUAGUCAGAUAUGAAAAGCAGAGUGAUGAGCGUGAACUUUCUGAUAAGGAUAUUCAGUGGAUUGAUAAAAAAGAACCUAUUAUUAAAAUUGCAGCAAUUGAUAAUGGUUUAGCUUUUCCUUUCAAACACCCUGAUGAAUGGAGAGCAUAUCCAUUUCAUUGGGCUUGGCUUCCACAAGCAAAGGUCCCCUUUUCUCAAGAAACAAUAGAUUUGAUUCUUCCUCGUAUAUCUGACAUGAACUUUGUACAGGAUCUUUGUGAAGAUCUUUAUGAAUUGUUUAAGACCGACAAAGGUUUUGACAAGGCUACAUUUGAAAAGCAAAUGUCUGUGAUGAGAGGACAGAUACUUAAUCUUAUUCAGGCAUUAAAGGAUGGAAGAAGUCCUCUUCAGCUUGUUCAGAUGCCUCGUGUGGUUGUGGAAAGAAGUCAUGGUGGAAGUCAAGGACGAAUUGUUCACCUGAGCAAUGCGUUUACACAGACUUUCCAUAGCCGGAAGCCUUUCUUUUCCUCUUGGUAGAGACACGUAAAUGUCUUCAAUUUAGCAAGACUCUGUUGUGUGAAAGUUUUAGAAUAAUGUAAUUCUGCUGUACACAAAGUGCUGGACUGCCAAAACCUCAGAACUUUUUAAAAGUUUUGUGUUUUGAAUGUAAUACGUUUACAGUUUAAAAUUGUGAAAUUUUACUUCAGGGAAAUGGACUUGUCCUAUACUGUAUUUUUAUAGACAGUUUAAUGUUUUCUGUAUCUAACAUUAAAAGGGAAAAGAAGUUUACAGAUGCCAAAGACUACUUUUGCAUAAAUUGUAGGAAAGAACUGCUCUGUUGGAUACAAAUGUCAGAAAUCAAAGUCUAAUUUUCCUUCUUGGAAAUGAAGCACAGCCUUUUCAUUCCUCUACUGCAAGAAAGCUGCUUGAACUUUUGCAACAAUUACCAAAUAUCUACAUGGGUUUCUUACAGGUUUAUAGUCUCACAUAUUACAGAUUUAUAUUCUCAAAUAUUACAGAAUUAUAUCUUGAUCAGUUUACUGUGGAGAUCCGGGACCAAUACCAUCACAUCUUAAUUUGGAGAAUAAAUGACAUGAAAUAUGAAGUUAAUCCUGCAAAUCCGAAGGAAACUUAAUUAUUUCAUAGUUUUUUAUGCCCCGGUGUUUGUUUGUUUUUAACUGAAUACACAAACCCUUACAAGUUGAGGCUUGCAUCCCUCCCUCCUUCUGCAUCAACAAUUUGAGGGUGAAGAUGGGAAUGAGCCUAAAUUUAUGCCCCUCACAUACUUAAAUUAUAUUGUGUGAUGUACAUCCCACAUGCAAUGUGUGUGUAGAUUUCACCCCUGCUUUAAAAAAAAAGGUGAAAUUGUUUUAAAUGGGUCCAGUUAAUAUAUAUGAAGCUCUCAGGUUAUUCGUUGGAAAUAGAUGAACAAGUGGAGGAAUGCUGAUGCACUCCCCCAUCUAUAAACGGUACAGGUGGGGCUGUAUGAGAAUAUUCUCUAAAUCACUCACAGGUAGUGUUCUCCCCCCUGCCCAGCAACAAUUGAACCAGCCACAGACCACUUUCUUAAUACUUAAAACAAAUCCUUAUAGGGAAAAGAAGAUGAAGGCAUGUUUAAUGUCCUUUAUUGAUACUUCAGGGUCUCCCAAGGUGUAUUUGUAGAUUAGAGUGACACUACAUUUUUAGGAAUGCACAUACAGCUUGUCUCUUGCAAGGGAUGGGUGGCAUUCAUUUGCAUAGCUACGCCUUGUCUUGAUUCUUUGUGGUUCAUUUGUAUAGAUGGAGAAUUGAAAAGGUUAAUAGAUUGAUCAAUCGCAAUAAUAUAUACGGUUUCUUGAAACUGCUAUCAAUGCCCAUCAAAUCCGUCGGCUGAUGCCAAAGUGAAAACCUUCUGUUAUUAAUAUAUUAAGAGCCCGCCCCUCUGAAUUGUUGGAUAGCAGUACCCCAGCAGUCCAAACCUGACUGUGAAUCAGAAGUUCAUUCUGUGGGUUCCUGUCCAUUUAGUCAUGAGAUUCCUCGGCAACCCAGAGCUAUUUUGUUGGAUUUAACUUGGCCUAAAACAUCAGUUGCAGAGGUAAUUUUACAGAAACUUGGAAUUUAGUAAUACCUGUUAUAUAUUCAUUGUUCUGCUUGAAUGUGAGGACCUCAAGUACCAUCUGUAGGAAAGAUUGCUUCUAUGAAAAAUGUGGGGGAGGGUUUGUAUUUUUAGCCAUGCUGUUAUCUCAAGCUGCUAAGCAAUACUCCUGAACUCCCCAGAUUGUCCUUUUUAUUUUAUUUUUUAUGUUUUGAGGGGGUUGAUAAAAUGUAGCAUGUUAGAGCAAUGCACUUGAUAUACUAAAAUGUCUAAGCCUUAAAAUGUAAAGCAUACUGUGGCUUAAAAAAACCUGUCACAUUUCUAAGUUUACUGUGGCUUCAGUUUUUAUCAACCCUUGUAAUUUUUUUAUGAAUGCGUAAGAUCACCAGACUUUGCUGUCUUAAAACAAUAAAAAUGAUGAUCUGAAAUGUA